AUGGUUAAUGAUAAAAUCAGAACUCUAAGCAGAAAGAAGGUUUCGUAUGUCACGAUAAAUGACUUUGAGCAAGGAUGGGAGUAUAUGCAGGUUGGUAUUACUAAGCUGAAACGAUUUGUGGAAGGACUUCCUGGGCCAGCACUUGACCCUGAGCUAUAUAUGGACCUUUACACGACUGUCUACUGCAGGAGCAGAGGGAAACCUCCUCAUGAUUACUCAGAGAAGCUUUAUGACAAGUAUCAUGAAACAAUUGAGGAAUAUAUUAACUCAACAGUUUUGCCUGCUUUAAGGGAGAAGCAUGACGACGAAUAUAUGCUGCUGCGAGAGUUGGUUAAAAGAUGGUCUAGCCAUAAAGUACUGGUUAGAGACCUAUCCUACAUCUUCCGCUAUCUUGACCGUUACUUCAUUACUCGUAGAUCACUCCCAUCUCUGAAAGAAGUUGGCCUGUCAUGCUUCCGUGACUUGGUUUAUAACCAGGUGCAACUCAAGGUCAAAGAAGCUGUAAUAGCACUAGUUGCUAAAGAGCGAGAAGGGGAGGAGAUUGAUCGGGUGCUAAAGAAAAACAUAAAAGAAUUUUAUGUAGAGAUGGAAAGAUACGAACAAGAUUUGGAGAGCUUCUUGCUUGAAGAUACAGCGUCUUACUAUUCUCGCAAGGCAUCAAGCUGGAUUCAAGAAGAUUCUUUUCUUGAAUACAUUCGCAAGUCUGAGGAAUGUCUAAAGAAGGAGAAGGAGAGAGUGAGUCACUACCUUCACCCAAGCGGUGAGCCAAAGCUGGUUAAGGAAGUGGAACAUGAGUUGUUGGAAGUGUAUGCAAGUAAGCUUCUUGAAAAAAAGCACUCAGAGUUCUGUGAAAUUGCGCGAGGUUUGGAACCUAUUGCGAACAUACUCAAGCAGCAUGUCAUAGACGCAGAGGGUGAAGAAGACACGGCUGCUAAUCAGGAACAGGUUCUUAUCAGAAAAGUGGUUGAGAUACAUGAUAAAUACAUGGUCUAUGUCACUGACUGUUUCCAGAACCACACACUCUUUCACUGGGCUUUGAAUGAGGCAUUUGAGGUAUUUCGUAGCAAAACAGGCGCUGGAAGCUCUUCAAGUGCUGAAUUACUCGUCAAAUUUUGCGACCGAAUUAUUCUCAAGAAAUGGGGAAGUGAGGAGCUUAGUGAUGAAGCUAUUGAGAAGGUGGUCAAAGUCCUUGCAUAUAUAAGUGGUGACAAGGAUAUUUUUGCAGAGUUUUAUAGGAAGAAGCUGGCCCAUAGGCUCUUAUUGGAUCACGGUGCUAAUGAAGAUCAGGAGAGAAGUAUAGUUACAAAUCUCAAGCAAAUAUUUGGAGGAAAUUUUACUUUUAAGAUGGAGGGAAUGGUGACAGAUUUGACAUUGUCAAGAGAACAUAAAAACAGUUUCAACGAGUAUCUAGCCAAUAACCCUGUGGAAAAACCAAGGAUUGAUUUCACCAUCACUCUUCUUACCACUGGUUUUUGGCCAAGUUACAAAACGUUUGACAUAAAUCUGCCCAGUGAAAUGGUCAAGUGUGUUGAAGUUUUCAAAGGGUUUUAUGAAACGAAAACGACAUGUAGGAAACUUACAUGGAUCUAUUCACUAGGAACUUGUCACAUCAACGGAAAGUUUGAUCAAAAGCCCAUUGAAUUGAUUGUGUCUACUCACCAGGCUGCUCUGCUUCUGCUUUUCAACACAAGAGACAAAUUGAGUUACACUGACAUCCAAACUCAACUGAACGUGAGCCAUGAAGAUCUUGUGUGGUUGUUUCAUUCUUUGUCACGUGCUAAAUACAAGAUUCUUAUCAAGGUGCCAAGCACAAAUACUGUUUCCAAGACUGAUGUUUUUGAAUUCAACUCCAAAUUCACCGUUAAAAUGCGCAGAAUAAAGAUCCCUCCUCCUCAUGUUGAUGAAAGGAAGAGAGUCGUUGAAGAUGUCCAUAAAGAUAGAUGCUAUGCAAUUGAUGCUGCCAUUGUCAGGAUCAUGAAGGGAAGGAAAGUAUUGGGACAUCAACAACUUGUUUCUGAGUGCAUUGAACAACUUAGCCGGAUGUUCAAGCCUGAUAUUAAAGCGAUUAAGAAACGUAUCGAGAAUUUAAUUACCAGAGACUAUUUGGAGAGGGACAAGGAGAAUGCUAACAUGUUUAGGUACUUGGCUUAG